UCCAAUCCUGAUUGGUGGCUUCAGCUAUUGGCUCGGAGCGCUGGCUGUCUGACUAGGCUGCAGGGCUGUAAUACCUACUCUCCUCUCUCCCGGAUCCAUUCACCACACAACUUCGCUGGCCGCACAGAGGCUCUGAGCUCGGCACAUCUUGCUAACCUAAUCCAGAAGGAAAGCGCCUCAGCUCUCUGCCUGCCUCCUUUGCUCAGCAUAGGCUUUCCCCGUGAUCCAGAAAACGGCUGUUUUUAUGGGCAAGUAAGGAAAACAGGAAUCAUGAUGGGAAUGUGCUUCACAGAUCCGGUCCUGGAUAAAACUUAAAGCCAGUUUCUCUUCAGCAUAGUGAAAAGGUCACCUUGCCUGGCUGGGAAGAGCAGGGAAAUACCAGCUCGUUGGUUUCUGUUAACAUCUUAGCUCCGGCUAGCCUCUUUGCCUUGAUGUUUGAGCAAAUUUGGAACAUCUAGCUCUAAGGAGAGACAUCUGUACUCAUGGUAGAUGAUAAAGAAAAGAACAUGAAAUGUCUCACCUUCUUCUUGAUGCUUCCAGAGACGGUAAAGAACAGGUCCAAGAAAGGUUCAAAGAAAUCAAGCAGCAGCGGCAGCGGCGGCAGCAGCAGCGGCAGCAGCAAGUUGCCCCCAGUUUGUUAUGAAAUAAUUACCUUGAAGACUAAAAAGAAGAAGAAGAUGGCUGCUGAUAUAUUCCCCCGUAAGAAGCCAGCCAACUCCAGCAGCACCACUGUCCAGCAGCAGCACCAGCACAAUCUCUGUAACAACAACCUCAUCCCGGCCCCCAACUGGCAGGGUCUUUAUCCUACCAUCAGAGAAAGAAAUGCGGUGAUGUUCAAUAAUGACUUGAUGGCAGAUGUGCAUUUUGUGGUUGGGCCACCAGGUGGGACUCAGCGGUUGCCAGGACACAAAUACGUCUUAGCUGUUGGGAGCUCAGUGUUCCACGCAAUGUUUUAUGGAGAACUUGCUGAGGACAAGGACGAAAUCCGAAUCCCAGACGUGGAACCUGCCGCUUUCCUCGCCAUGCUGAAAUACAUCUAUUGUGAUGAAAUCGACUUGGCUGCGGACACAGUGCUGGCCACACUGUAUGCUGCCAAAAAGUACAUCGUUCCUCACCUUGCCAGAGCCUGUGUUAAUUUCCUGGAGACCAGCCUGAGUGCCAAGAACGCCUGCGUGCUCCUCUCUCAGAGCUGCCUGUUUGAGGAGCCCGACCUGACACAGCGGUGCUGGGAGGUGAUUGACGCCCAAGCCGAGUUAGCACUCAAGUCCGAGGGCUUCUGUGACAUCGACUUCCAGACGCUGGAAAGUAUCCUCCGCAGGGAAACGCUGAAUGCCAAAGAAAUCGUGGUUUUCGAGGCAGCCCUGAACUGGGCUGAAGUAGAAUGCCAGCGGCAAGAUCUGGCCUUGAGCAUUGAAAACAAGCGCAAGGUCCUAGGAAAAGCCCUGUACUUGAUUCGCAUCCCCACGAUGGCUCUGGAUGACUUUGCCAAUGGUGCUGCCCAGUCUGGGGUGUUGACUCUCAAUGAGACCAACGACAUCUUCCUCUGGUACACUGCGUCCAAAAAACCAGAGCUGCAGUUUGUGAGUAAAGCCCGCAAGGGCCUGGUCCCCCAGCGUUGUCAUCGCUUCCAGUCUUGUGCCUACCGGAGCAACCAGUGGCGCUACCGGGGUCGCUGUGACAGCAUCCAGUUUGCAGUUGACAAGAGGGUGUUCAUCGCAGGCUUCGGGCUGUAUGGCUCGAGCUGUGGCUCUGCGGAGUACAGUGCCAAGAUUGAGCUCAAACGGCAGGGUGUUGUCCUGGGCCAGAACUUGAGCAAGUACUUCUCGGACGGAUCCAGCAAUACCUUCCCUGUCUGGUUCGAAUAUCCGGUGCAGAUUGAACCAGACACCUUCUACACAGCCAGCGUGGUGCUGGAUGGCAACGAACUCAGCUACUUCGGACAGGAAGGCAUGACGGAAGUGCAGUGUGGCAAGGUGACUGUCCAGUUCCAGUGCUCCUCGGACAGCACCAAUGGCACUGGUGUACAGGGAGGGCAGAUCCCCGAACUCAUAUUCUAUGCCUGAUCCUUCCUUUCCAUCGCAGCAUGAGAGGCCCGCACGGGCCCUCCUUGCCUGACGCUUAGCUCAUCUGCAGAUAUGUGGUCAGCACAGGUAAUUUGUAAUGAAUGAAGCAGUAGGCAGUUUCUGAUGUCUUUGAACCUUUUAAUUAUGUACAGGCUAAAAUGCAACAUUCCGCUUUUAAUGAUAUGCUUAGAGGAGCCAAGUUCUUACUCAGGCUUUGUGGUUUUAGAGUUGCGUCUGUAUGCCUAGGAGACCAUGUGCUUUUCCAAGUGCCCACCAGCCUCUCACUUCUGUACCUCUGAAGAAGAUUUUGGAUCAACUUGAAUUUCCUUCAGUGAAUGGAAAUAUGUAUUCUAAAGUAGUAUCAUCAGUAAUUUUUUAAACAGAACCCCUUCCUUUCAAAAAAUAAAUAAAACAGAACAAACAAGCAAAACAGGUAAACCUCAGUGUACAAAUUUGAAAGAAUAUUUGCUUUGGAACAAGUAAAUUUUAGGGAGUAAACAGUGGGCCAGCACUCAUGUUUGACUCUGUUCUUUUACAUUUGUUGCUUCUGGGCUCUGCUUUUAGAUUCUUCGUAUCUUAAGUUCAUAUGUGUUACACACUGAACAGUUCACACUGUUGGUGUGAGGAAUUGGAUGGUUGUCUUGGCCAUGACUUCUGCUACUUCUCACAUCUUUCAGGUUAGAGGACACUGGAAUGCAGACACUUCCUUCAGAUGGUGAAGUUAGAAAGAGAUUGCAGACCUGCUCUGCAGUACGGGGUAAAGGGGGAGCCCCCAACUGCCCUGUACAGCAAAUAGUCAGUUUGCCGGUGAGAAGCAUCCGCAAUUUGGAAAAGCCAUUCUUGCCUGGUAGUUUUGCGUCCCCCGUCCCCCACACCCACACACUAUUGGCUUGUUCUUAAGUCUUACUGCAAAGGACUCCCGUUUCUCCUUCUUCCCUCCCCUGUUAAAAGAGGACCAAACAGUUCUUUAGAGGUAUGGAGUAGCGGUUUUGUAACACUACUUGUCAGUGUGAUAAAAUACUUUAUAUGCUUUUUCUUUUAAAUGGAAACGUUCUUUAUCUGAUCUUCGACCAUAGACGAUCUUAUUUGUUGAUUAUGAACAAGCUUCUGGACUGCUAGAACAUGGCCUCUGGCCAUCUUAAAGUGCCAAUAUAUGCCUGCAGGGUUCUUGAAAAACGGUUCGGAGUGACACUGGGUUAUACUGAGUACUCACCUCAUCAGCAUCUCAUGCACUCUUAUUUGUCCAUGGUAUCAUUAGCAGAGAGGGAAUUGCUCACAGACAGCUUCUCCUUCCAUGAUGGCUCGUGUCGGCUUAGUGCCUGUGACCCUGGUGGUGUCCAGUGCGGUCACUUGAAACUGAAAUAUCCAUGUGUUUCUGGGCAGCAUUUCUGCUCAUUGUGAUCCUGAGAUGGCUCCCGCCACCCAGAGUGUGGUCUCUGGCCGCCUCCUUCUCCUGCUCUGUGAGCCGAAGUUGGCUUACCCUGAGCAGGGGCUAGUCCUGGGGUGUGUGAGCCUGCACAGUAUGUGCUUGCCAGCUCAGGAGCUGCCUCCUCCCUGCCUUGCACUGGUGGGUUUCAGGAGUGCCCCGCCCUCCUGGGAGGAGUGACCGCCUCCUCACUGUGCAUCUGGGCCUCUUCUGUCCCUGCAGAGAUGGGCUUGCGGCCUUCAGCCAGCUUCCCUGGGGGAGGAGAGCACUGGAUCAUGGGAAAUGUGUUAAUCUUUUGCCAUUACUUACAUCUGUGGACAUAGGUGACCAAAAGCUCUUAUUGAUGGCUAGAUGAAUAUUCCUAGGGUUGCUUUCCAAACUUUCCUCUCAACUGCCUCCUCAUAAAGGGGAUGACAGGUUGUAGUUUUGGCAAAGCAUUCAUGAUAUACAUUAGUAAAGGUACAUCAUCAAUUAAAAUUACUUCUAUAAAGGUUUUUGUUUUACAAUUAUGGUAAAACAGUUCAGUAACUCAUAGCUACCAUACAAAUUGGUAUGGUAUGCACAAAGUGACUGGAAGGCACUUAGUUUUAAGCCAGAGAAGGAACUUUGUUUAGCACUGAUUGGGUCCUGUCAGAUAGUUGGGCUGGGUGUGAUAGCCUUAAAGGGACAGCGUCUAUCCCCACCUCUUAACUGUGAUUUAGCUGCCCUCCAUGUGGAUAAGGCAAGUGCAGUUCUCUGAGGAUGGAAGAACUUAACUUUUUAUUAUUACUAUGUUUCCAAAAAGAUACAUCCACGUUGUCAUUGGCCUACGCCAAGAACUGUGGAGAAGAAUGAAAAGCCGUACCUAAAAUAAGAAAUGUUAUGUUCUGAACCUAUUCUCCUAUCUGCAUUUUCAGCAAAAUGAAAGAUAAUGCGCUUGCUUUGGUUUUCUUUGGUAAUUUUGAACUUUGUAGUUUGUAAGAAUAGAAACCAUUGUUCUGACAGGGCUGACAGCUCUAGUGUAUAAACACAACUUUAUUAAGUAGAAAACGCUGUAGAUGCAUUGCCCAGCAUACAUGGCAGUCUUCAUCAUUGUUCAUACUGGGGAUAAGGGUAACUAGGCUAGCAGUUCUAACGCAGCAUUCUUUAGUCCUAUCUUAAGGUAGUAAUUUAAGUAGAUGGUCUAAUUUCUACAUAAUUAUUGCACUGAACUGUCUUUUUUUUUUUAAGGCGUUUAAAUAAGCUCAGCUAAUUCAGGGCCCUGAAGCCAACUGUGCGUCGGUGUGCCUGACUUUAGCAGCUUACCGCAUUAUUUAUGAAGGAAAAUAUAUGAAUAUGAAGUACCUCAUGUUGAAUGUUAUUGUACUGUAUUUUUAAUGUAACAGUGCAGAUCUUGUUAGACACAUGAAUGUGUAUAAUCAUGUCAGAUGCAAAUAAAAUAAAACUGGUUCAUA